AUGGUUCUCUCUAUGCUCUUGGCCCUCACCACAUGCCCUGCCAUGUUGGGCACGCAAGAAGCGAUCCGGCAAUCGCAAUCCAAAGAGCGACGCGAAGAACACCGCGCCCGGCGCUGCAACUUGAUCGCGACAUGCGUCAAGCCGUCCAUCCGCAGUCGCGAAAUCAACGGGCGCCAGGUCAUCCUGCGCGACAACAAGCUUUACAUCGACACCGGCACCGCCCCUGAAGAUGAAGAAAACCCCGCCACAAACGACCAUUUCAACCCGACAGAAGAAAACGAGCGCCGCCACGGUCACCCCUUCGCCGGCUACUUCCUCCAGUAUCCAGAUGCUGAGUUUGAGGGUCUCGUUAGCACCAUUACCGAUGUCGCGCCAAUUCUGAAUUGGAUCUACGUUGACAGAGACACCGGCGAGGUCAAGUACGGCGUGCGCGCUGAUGCACAACCGAACGUCACGGGGCCGUUUGACUGCACGCGCCUGGAUCGUCGCUUGACUCUCGAUGGGUGGGAGGGCUUCGUUGCAGUCGAGGAAUAUCCAGCCGUCUGGGCGCUAUAUUUCGACCUAGAUGACGAUGGGUUGCGGGGGAAGAUACCCUUUGGCACAAGGGUACUAGAAGUCGAGCUGCAGAGGAGAGAGAAGAAAGUCACUGUCGAUGUCAAACGCGAGGCUGCGAAGGAGCAGGAGAUUUUGAAAAUGCAGAUGGAGCAGCAAAGACAACGACAGGAAGCAGCGCAACAGCAAGAGGAGGCGCAACGACAGAGGCCAGAAGAAGAUGCAGACGACGAAUCUCCGGGUAUCGAGACCUCGAAAGAUUCAUCAGCAGUUCCUCAGAUUGUCGCUCAUGCAGAGGAAACUGAAAGCUACCCGCAUGUGCUGGACCACCGCGAGCGAAAAUACCAGGACGAAGAGAGCGGACAUCCUGGCAAUGAAUCUCCCCGCCACAUCAACGAAACAGACUUUUCCCGGCUCAGGAUCAGUACCGGUGCAGAUUCAGGCUCGCUCGCAGAGCAAGCAGAAGGAACAGUUGGCACUCCCACCGAUACAAAUUGCGGUGCAUCCAUCUGGUCCGCGCCAGAAGAGACCUCAAAAUCCGUGAGAAAUGGCUCAGUCAUUUCUCACGCUACUCCAGACAGCUCUGUCCAGGGCGACGAUGAGGUGGCUGCUGCGGAAGCCGUUUUCAGGCAAAACGAUGCAAUAGGCGCCCCGUCACCACUGUUCUCGCAGAAGUACAGAAAGCCUUAUGUUGAGGACGAAGAGUGA